AUGCAGCUGAUGAAUGGCCAGUACUGGCCCCACAAUCAGACUCCAGAAUACUCCACUAGUAAUGAGCCUGCAGCUGGACAUUGUGCUGCUGAGCCCAGCACUUCAGCCCAGAAGUUCAGCCAGUUUUCAGUCCACGUUACUGCCCACUUAUCUACUCCAUACUUCAUCAGCCUGUGUAUCGAGGAUGUUAUGGGAGAAAGUGGCGAAAUCAUUGUCAAAAUCAACAUAAACAACAUAGACUGCUUUCCCCUAAUCCACCCAGCCACUAAAAACAAAGAUGCUGUCGUCUUAAAUCGUGGGUUGAACCUGGAAGUCUGUAAAUUAAUGUUGCGUGUCGCUUCAGAUGUUACUUUGGACGAAAAUUGUUGGCGUGUUGGGGAGAAAUGCCUUGCCCCUUAUCUUGAAAAUGGAAAACUUCAGGAAGGAGUAAUAACUUCACUUGAAAAGGACAAGAAUGGAAAAUCAUUUGCUAUUGUAUUAUUCUUGGAGUCUGAAGAAAGGAAAAUAUUAGUAACUAAACUUUGCAGAGUCAAAGACAGUAGAGGACCCUGGAAGAGCUUAAUAUUUGAUGAUGGUGAUCUGGAAAAGCCAUACUUUCCUGACCAAAAUCUUCCAUCUCCUGCAGUUCCUUUUAAAUUGUCGGACAGUGGCGAUUUUAUCCCAUACACGAUUAACAGAUACCUGCGUGAUUAUCAGAGGGAAGGAGCCCAGUUUCUGUACAGACACUAUGCUGAUAAAAGGGGGUGUAUUCUUGGAGAUGACAUGGGCCUCGGAAAAACAAUACAGGUCAUCUCGUUUUUGGCUGCGGUGUUGCACAAAAAGGGAACGCGUGAGGAUAUUGAAAAUAAUAUGCCAGAAUUUUUACUGAGGACAAUGAAAAAGGGCUCUAAUUGUAAUCCCAAGAAGACUUUCCUCAUAGUGGCCCCUCUUUCAGUACUGUACAACUGGAAGGAUGAGUUAGACACAUGGGGAUACUUUAAGGUCUCUGUCUUACAUGGCAGUAAAAAAGAUGAUGACAUGAGUCGCAUCAAGCAAGGGAAAUACGAAGUUGCUCUUACAACAUAUGAGAUACUUCGCCUGUAUUUGGAUGAAUUUAACAGUGUAGAAUGGUCUGCUGUGAUAGUGGAUGAAGCACACAGAAUCAAGAAUCCAAAGGCUCAAAUAACUCAAACCAUGAAGUCAUUAAAAUGCAGUGUUCGCAUAGGUCUUACUGGAACCAUUCUGCAAAACAAUAUGAAGGAACUUUGGUGUGUCAUGGACUGGGCUGUACCAGGACUUUUAGGUAGCAGAGCAGAUUUCAAGAAGAAAUUCUCUGAUCCAGUGGAGCACGGCCAGAGGCACACUGCAACUAAAAGGGAGCUAGCAACAGGCCGUAAAGCCAUGGUGAGGCUAGCAAGAAAAAUGUCUGGCUGGUUCCUGAGGCGCACCAAAGCCCUCAUCAGCGACCAGCUGCCCAAAAAGGAAGACAGGAUGGUGUAUUGUUCUCUGACUGAAUUCCAGAAAGCCGUGUACCAGGCUGUGCUGGAGACAGAUGAUGUAACCUUGGUGCUACGAGCAGGGGAGCCCUGUAGCUGCAACAGUGGCCGCAAAAGGAAGAACUGUUGUUACAAAGUAAAUGCACACGGUGAAACAAUAAAGUCUCUGCGCUUCAGUUACCUAACGAUCCUGCAGAAGGUUGCCAAUCACGCUGCUCUGCUGCAGACAGACAACACGAGCAAGCAACAGGAAGCACAUAUCAAGCGGGUUUGCAGCCAGGUAUUUUCCAGUUUUCCAGAUUUUGUGCAGUUAAGCAAAGAUGCAGCCUUUGAAACCAUUUCGGAUCCAAAAUACAGUGGAAAAAUGAAGGUCCUGCAGCAGCUUUUGCAUCACUUCCGAAAAAAUAAGGAUAAAGUUCUUCUUUUCUCCUUUUCCACCAAGUUGCUAGACGUGCUGGAACAGUACUGCAUGGCAUCUGGGCUGGAUUACCGAAGACUUGAUGGAAACACGAAAUCAGAAGAUAGGAUGAGAAUUGUAAGAGAGUUCAACAGCAUUCAAGAAAUUAACAUAUGUCUUGUAUCUACAAUGGCUGGUGGACUGGGUCUCAAUUUUGUUGGUGCCAAUGUGGUUAUACUGUUUGAUCCUACGUGGAAUCCAGCAAAUGAUCUUCAAGCAAUUGACAGAGCUUAUAGAAUUGGCCAGUACAGACCUGUUAAAGUGUUUAGAUUGAUAUCCUUGGGAACUGUGGAAGAGAUGAUGUAUUUGCGACAAGUUUAUAAACAGCAACUUCAGUGUGCAGUGGUUGGAAGCGAAAACGCCAAGAGGUAUUUCGAGGCAGUGCAAGGAUCGAAGGAGCAUCAGGGAGAGCUUUUUGGGAUCCACAACCUUUUCAAACUUAGGAUUCAUGGGUCCUGUCUUACCAAGGAAAUCCUGGAGAGGGAAGGGCAGGUGGAAGCAGGAGUCAUGACAGCCACGACGUGGCUGAAGGAGGAGAGCGCUCCACGCAGCUCAGACAAGUUUGAACAAGCAGACUGUAGAGAAGAUGGAGAUCCCCACAGCACUCAGGCACAGUUAAACAGAGAAGAAACAGAUUUUUGGGAUGACUUCAGUGAUGAUGAUACUCUGGAAACUUCUGUGAAAAAAUGUGACAGAAGGAAGCCUUGCAAUGCAAAUAAUUUAAUGGUAGCGAAGGGUCAGCUUUCUUUAAUGCAGUGUGGAUUCUCCAAGCUGCUGCAGAGAGAAAUUGAAACUACCAAAGAAGGGGGUGAUAAUUACAAAUCCCAUCAAUUGCCUUCUGAUGAUGGGACUGUAAGAAAAAGCAUAAAUAGCAAGCCCAGUGAUCUUCAGAAAUGUCCAAGCAGUGUGCCUGUUUUGGAGCAUGGGAAAGCUGUUCUGUCAGCUGAUGGAACUGAUAAACAGGAUAGGCAUGGGAUAGACUGGAUUGACUCAUCAGGCUCUGAGGAGGAAGGGGACAGAGAAAAUGAGGAUCAAGGCGUUCCUAAGCAACCUGAUAUAGUCAUGGAAACUGAAAGUAGUUCUGAAGAGGGGGAUGAUGUCAUCCUUCCUACUCAAGUUCAAGCAUGCCAGCAACCAGUGCUUGCUAAAAAGGUUGAAAUACACAGGUCAACGUCUGAGGAUUAUACAGAGUUAGCAAAAGAAAAAGAUGGGUCUGUGUUUAGGGGAGACAGUAGGCAGUUUGGAUUCCACAGGGUUGAGCCAUCUUUUGAAGACGUCACAGAUGACACAGAUGACACAGAUUUGAAAGGAGCAAGUGACAUAAGUGACGAGUCUGAUGACAUUGAACUUCCCCAUAAUUCUAAAUCAAGAAAGCUAGGAUCUUCCAGCCUUCCAAAAAGCAAGGAAAGAUGUGCCCUUAACAAUGAACGAGGUAACGUCUCCAGAUCUCUGCCACAAGCAAAGAAGCCCAGUAGAGAAGAAAAGGAAGGUGAUUCACAGAAUAUAGAUGAAUUUUCAUCCUCUGAAGAUAACGCUCCAGCUGAGAAAACUGAAGCCCGAAAGCAGAAGUGUAAAAGACAGAGAGGCAGAGUUCAGUUUGGGUCUAAAACGCUGCGUCCUGUUCGAGAUAGCUCUGUUGCACGAGGGGAGUCUGGCAGUUAUGCUGUGCACAGAACUUCUGCAAGAAAAACCGAAUUUGAGCACCAAGAGGAAAAAAUGGAGUCAAUGGACAGAUAUUUAGAUGGUGUCCAGGAAGUGGCAUAUAUUCAUUCAAAUCAGAACGUGGUUGGAUCCAGCAAGGCUGAGAAUCACCUGAGCCGGUGGGCAGUGCGGGACGUGUUCGAGCUGAGGCAGUUCUCCCAGCUUCCUGCUAAUGUCGCUGUCUGUAGUGCCAAGAAAAAUGAUGAAAGCCCAGAAGGCAGCACUGCAGAGAAGAGCCUUGUUAAGGGAGGGCGAGAAAUGCUGAUGAACAGUAAGCAGCAUCAUCUGUAUGUUAUGCAUCCUGUGACCCAGAGAAAGCAAAAAGUGUGCAGAGUGGGUUCAACCACCUUCUUGAUUGGAAAGACACCCAAGGGAAUUCGCAGGACACAGUUUGAGGAAAUGGUAUCCCACUUUAAUAUGGGAUCAGUGAAAGGCCUCGCAGAACAUAUUGCAAAAGCUACCUCAGAAACAAGGCAGAACAUGUUGAAGGAAUUCUAUGUUUCCAAGCAUCCUGAGAUGGAGCCUUUCUUCUCAGUUGAAAUACCAGCACAAGACUUACGUGGCCCUGAGGAAGGAGAACUGGAUAGAGCACGCUCUAGAAAAAGAAAAUCCGUCGUUAAUUUUGGAAGGUCUAAGUCCAGACCUUCAACAGCUAAAGAGCUACUUCUGAGCAGGACUGCAGAAACACAGACCCAGCAGAGCUGUAGAGGAGGAGCAGGGAAGCCUCACGAUGGCUCCUGCCUGCAAGAUGUGCUUGUUGAUGCAAAAUGUAAACAGUCACCCACUGUUGCUGCUCAGCAUUUAGAAAGGAGAAACAGUCAGGCAUGCAAGGAUUUUAUGGCAUCUGGCUCACUGAACAGUAAAUCAGGGGUGCUGCCUGUAAAGAGUUGUGAAGGACAGCAGGACUCAGAAGGAACACAGAUGCCAAAAAAAAGAUCCCUGUCUCAAUCAGAAAAUGGAGAGAGCAAAGCUCAGAUUUACAAGAAAAAGUCUUUUAUGGAUUUACUUGGAGAUACCUCUAUUCUCAAUGACGUCUUCAGAAGUGGUGGAAAUGGGCCUGCAGGAUCACCAAGGAGAUUCUCCUCAGGGGAAGCAGAAAAAUCGAAGGGGAAACCAAAAGAUUUCUGGGAUAUGCUGAAUGAGCAGAACGGGGAGAACCUCAGAAAGCUCACGGACAUAGCAGUCAUAGAGAAGCUGUGUGAAAGAGCACCUCGUUCCACAGUGGCAGAAGAGACAGAAGUGUGUGAAGGUUCUCUCUGGAAAAAAAAUGAAAAUUUUCUAUGGAAAAAGUAUCGUGCGGGUGAUUCAGAUGAACCAUCCACUGCUAAAUCUUGUAAUGUAGUAAAAUGAAAGUUUUCUACUCGGGUUGCACUUUUUAACUAUUUUAGUUGAACACUGAGGAGCUUCAGGAGUGUGGAACAAAACAUUGUAACUCCAUGAAAUUAAAGGCAAAAUGAUGAAUUCUUAUCUAGAGUGAGAGUGAAUUACAUUUUACAGGUGAGAAUUAUGUAUGGAACAACAUAUGCAAAUAUGUAUGUAAUUACAUAUGCAAUGUAUAGUACAUUUGUGCAUAGUAAUGCAUAUAGACUAUAUAUUGUAAGCUAUGAUAUAUUAAUUUUAAAUUAAACUUUUUUAGAAUUUUCUGAGU